UUGUUUUAAUAAUGGCUUUAUUGUUGUGUACAAGGUUGAUGCAGGGAUCCUUUGUGAACCUUGCAAUGGUAGGGGAUGGUUAGUUUGUGAUUACUGUAAAGGGAAAAAAACCAAUAUCAAAGCUGAGAACAACAGGAUCUAUCGCAGAUGUCCAUCUUGUAGAGCGAUUGGUUAUGUGUUGUGUUCAAGCUGCAAAGUGUUCAAAUGUGUCACUUUCCCGGAUUAUAGUGAUGGUGAGGAGCUAUCAUUCUGAGCUUGCUGUUUUAGUUUUGCAUAAGGCUGCAUGCUCCUGGACUUCUUAAUUCUCUGGAGGAUGUUGCAUUCAGGUUUUUUCUUUUCCUUCUUUGUAAUUUUGCAACCCUCCAGAAGAAAUUCUUUGGGAGGCAUCUAUGUAAUUGCAUUUUAUGAGCAAUGAAAUUGGUUGUUAUCU